AUUCGCCCACGGCCACCUCCAGCUACGGAGUAAACUAGCUGCAACUUACCAAGACCCUUUUUGACUCCUCCUCGGUCUACAGAGUACGAGCGGAACUAUAUGCAGCAAGUCUAUCCGCUCUCCAUAUAUAUGCUUUUUGCCGGGCGACUUACGACCUCGAGGGACCCCCUCAGGUGGCAUCUCCAUCCACAUGGUUACGAGGUGUUGAAGGCGUGCGGCCUCUGCUCAGAACUUGGGGAAAGGGAAGUGGACUCCUCCCUUCUCCGUCCCAUGACAUGUUGCUAGCCGUCGAUUCACUUCGCUAGACAGGUAGGUCAAGAGACCCCCGUUCCCAAUACUGAGGAGCAACUAUAGAUUAACUCAUGCAUGAAAACGCCCAUGACGGCACCACACCAGGCCCAAAGCAAGAUCCAAGAUGCAAGAUUCAAGAUUUCCACCCCUCGCAUAUUCGAUGACUUCACAACUUGUAACCCUGACUAUCAUCAGGGGGAGGGAGGAGAGGAGAGACGAUAGUCAACUGCACGAAGAAGCAAAAGGGGGAAUGCGUAAGCUAGCUCUGGGUGGCCAUCAACUUAGGCCUCGCACAGCUAAGCCCACACAGCCCAGCACAGGUGGAUUAUAGUGUUAUUAUCAUUAGUUAAGAUGGGCGCUCUCCAUGCUCCUGCUCCAUGCUCCAGAGCCAUAAUUGACAGCGGGCGCCCACCGAUGCAAAUCUGCAAGUCGACCGGCGUGGAUAAGAGUCGAAACCAAGCAAGUCUUGUUUGCCUUUCUGCGAGGGACGACAUGUGCAUGUGCUUUGCCCCUGUAGAGGAGGAGGAGAAGGGUGGAUGCCAGAGAGGGUCCAUCGUCGAUGCACGCAAGCAAAGGAAGCAAAGCAAGCAAAACAUCACAGCCCCAGGAAGGCCAAUUGAGACGACAGAGAUGUCCACGCGAUGUGUCGGAGAAGCGGAGAAGCUAAUAAUGUCUUACUGGCUUCACGGAGUAUAUCAGAGAAAUGUGAAGAAGGCAAAUUAAGAAUCAUAUACGCAGUGUUAUGGAGUCGUCAAGCUGGCUGAUAAAUGAGGAUAUAGCUCCCUGCCAUUUUGUGCCAGGCAUUAUCCCUCGUAUUAUUAUUAAGUAUUAUUUGCUCGUCAGAGAGCAGCAACAUGACUUUGUCAAGGGAUAUUAAUAUCCACAUACUGAAUCAUAUUCAAGGGCAUCGGGUGGAGGAGGGAGGAGGGACCGCUUACGGCGGGAGAAAGGGGUUAUAGCUCGCCGGCAUAUUGGACAUGGAUGCUGUGGUUAAGGCAGAUUCUCUGCUGCAAGGCUAUCUCAAAAUGUACAUAAUAAAUGUAUGUCAGGGCUGGAAGGGAUGAAAAUA